AGGAUGGUGCACCUGCAGCCCCUGCCCCUCGUCGUGGUCCAGGGCGUCCUCCAGCUCGUAUUUUGUGACGCUAACCAAGUCGUACAAGCCACAGACGUGCUGGACUGGGAAGACAAGGAUGCUGCAGAGACAUUGGUCGACAACGUAGUCCAUUCCAGGAUCAUCAAUCCUUUGCGCCUGUUUGUUAAGCCAUCUCCAGUACUGAAACACGGCCAGGUGUCCUACUCAGACAGCAUAGAAAACUUUUGGGAUUGGUUGUCCAACAUCACGGAGGUUCAGGAAUCUCUCACACGAACUAAACGCAGACCUAUAGUAAAAACUGGGAAAUUCAAGAAAAUGUUUGGAUGGGGCGACUUCCACUCUAACAUCAAAACUGUUAAGCUGAACCUCCUGAUCACAGGGAAAAUCGUCGAUCACGGCAAUGGGACCUUCAGUGUUUAUUUUCGACAUAACUCCACAGGUCUGGGAAACGUUUCUGUAAGCCUGGUGCCACCUUCCAAGGUGGUUGAGUUUGAAUCAUCUCCACAGUCAACACUGGAGACCAAGGAAUCCAAGUCUUUCAAUUGCCGAAUUGAGUAUGAAAAAACAGACCGCGCUAAAAAAACUGCCUUGUGCAAUUUUGACCCUUCAAAGAUCUGCUAUCAAGAGCAGACUCAAAGCCAUGUCUCCUGGUUGUGUUCCAAACCAUUUAAAGUUAUCUGCAUUUACAUUGCUUUUUACAGCGUAGAUUACAAACUGGUGCAGAAGGUCUGUCCUGAUUAUAAUUACCAUAGUGAGACUCCGUACUUGUCCUCUGGCUGAUACAAUCGUGGGUAACCGUAGAGAUACUGCAUCAGUCAUAAAAAUAAGCAUUUCCAUUAACCUUUUGGAGAAGUAUAUGCUUUCCUAUCAGGUUAAGAAGUCUUUAAAAACUGUAGCUGUGUUUGUGCUGUAUCGUAAAUAAUCAAACUGUUUAUGUAACAAUCAUUUUCAUUUGAGACCAUUGCAUUUUAGGAGCAGUGUUAGGUUUACGGUUGGGCUUGGUGAUCUUAAAGGUCUUUUCCAACCUAAAUGAUUCUAUGAUUUUAGCUCUCUCAUCAUGAAUAAGGGAACUACCAGGCAGACACAUGACAAAAAUGAAACAAAAUUAUGUCUGUAAUGAACAUUGACCUUGAAAAUCAGUUUUUUAAAUAGACUCGAUGGCAGAGAGGUUGUCUUUUAUUUGAAUUGGACAGCUCUUAGCAGGAUCCUCUUUCUCAUUGGGAACUUUAGAAGUUGACAACGUAGAGAACAAAUGAUGAAGCAGACUCCUAGCUGCUCAUGUACAAAAUCCAGAUAAACAGCUCUUCCACUAAUUUCAUGAGGAAUGUUACACACACAGGGCUCAAGGAAUCAAGUCCAAAUACUAAGAGAAAGUCCUAUUUCUGGUACAAAAAAAAGGAAAGGAAUCUGCAUUUCUAUGAGUUGUAGUAGUUGUACAUAUUCAUUGAAGUUAAGGGUGAGUAAUUCUUCCUUCAGACUUCUUACCCAUGGAUAUGCAAUGAUGUAAUUAGACACUGAUGAGCUUUAGUUUAUUAGACCCACCAAGUGUGCAGGUUUGGUGUACAUUUCUUCCUUCAAUAGUCACCAUUGGUUUUGAUUCUUCUCAAAUGUUUACAUAUACACUAGUACUAGUUCUACAGUGAUAGAAAAUAUACGUACCUCGGAAAAAGAUAAUCUCUGUUUAAGUCUGAUGAUAACCGGGGCUGGCUUCCACUUAACGGAAACAACUAUCUUGCUGUCUAGCCCUCUUAGCACUGCGCUGUAGCAAGGAAAAUACAUCACAGCAUAAGGACGAUACCUGAACACCACAAGCUUUCUGCUUAAUGCCACCCAGUUGUCUUCCUUAGUACUGCAUUACAUACCUUAAGUCAAAAUAUAAACAAUGACAAAUAAAGAGGACAACAAAAAUCUAUGCAUCUUCUUCUCAUAAAGCAGAUUUCAAAUAAUUGCUAUCAAUAUAAAAAUAUUCAGCCAGACUUGCCCCUAGUACAGAAUAGCAUCACUCCACCGCAGUUAGUUACAAGAAUGGAGGGUCCAGCGUGGUUUUGCUUCAACAGGACAGAUGUGGCUCCCACUGCAGUCGAUAGCAGCUGGCUCCAGCGAUGCAGCUUCAAGCAUCAAGCCCUUUCAUUGGGUAUUGAUUUGGCUGCUGCUGCCAAUUUGCUAUCACAAUCCUUUGUGGCAGUUGAUGGCACAGGUCCCGUGGAAGAAGCUGGCUGAGGAAGUGCUUUUUAUUGCCUCCAAUCAAACUUACAUGCAGGGUCCAAGAAGUUACAUAUAGCUUAAAUAAAGUAGUAUUAAAAUACUCUGUUCAAGUGGUGUGCACCCAGAGAAAUGACUAUGACAGCUCAGAAAGACUCACUCACGAGAUCAAUUCUGAUUUCCUUGGUAAAGUCUCAUAGGAAAAAAUUAUUCUGUUAAAAAUAUAUACAACAAGUAACUGGCUAAUUUGUUUUUCUCUUUAGGUGACAAAUUUAAAUGUGUGGUUUAGUUUGAUCAAUAAUCUAAAUGUUUUCCUUCAUCUUAUUUCACAGAGUCUCUCCUGGUCUAAAUGAUGUUUUUUAGUUUGUCUAUUACUGUUGAUUCCUACAAGAUGGUCUACUUUGUAUUCUGUAUAGCGUGUCCUCGUUCUGGCUGUAUAUAAGCUUGGAUUUAUUGCUAUGAGUUCAGUGGUUGGUGCUUUUGUAACUUAGCUGUAAGCCAUGAUUUUACUGCCAUGUAUUUUUACUCAGCCUUGUAGGCAAUUAAAAGAAAAUCCUACAUGCUAUUUA